AUGUCCAAUUUUCAUCUGCGCCCAGUCUCGGAAACUUCCCCUUCGCCAUCACCAACGGCGCCCACAACGCCGCCCGGUGACCGCAGUCCUCCAUUCAAAGGCCCAUCUUCAUUGUAUGUCUCACCACCACCACCUUCUUCGACGAACGGUCGGUCUCAUCGUAGACCGUUAUCGCCCAGUUCGCUCCGAGGUGAGUUAUCUACUUCCCGAACUGGUCUUUCAAACCUUGACGCGUUAACCCCUGCAUCAGAUGUCGACUUAACACGUUCUUCUGACAUGCCGCCCCGAAAGUAUCCCGCGCCUCCAACAGGCCAUGAUCUCAUGGCCAUGUUUCCCCCUGCUCCACCUGAUAGUUUUUCCGAAAUGCGACCAGGUCCCACGAGUGGUUAUUUUCAAAGACAGGAGCGCGCCUUCUUUGCCCAAGCGGGAAAGGAGAUUGUGCGCGUCCGAGUUGAGGUCGAUUUACCGGAAAACGAACCCCCGAAGUCGUCAAGGACAAGCUCCUCCCGCCCCUGGACAGGUCAUUCUACGCCUGUCCCCCAUCAUUCUCCACCGCCUUCGUCAUCCGCACCCUUGGGCUAUUCUCAUCCCACUUCUAGACCGUCCCAGCGAGGCCCUGUACCCGCAACCGCUGCACCCCUGUUCCCUGCGACACCCUCUCAUGCACCGCCCUCCCAACACCCAUCUGAUCUCCAUCCUCAUCAAACAAAUUCGGGCCUACGCACACCCCCUCAAGACUCCACACAACCAGGAGCUCCCACUUCAAAAACAGAACCUCAGCCUGACGAAUAUGAUCCUGAUGAGUCUUGGCGCCGGCCGAUGCCUUACGCUGAACGAAGACGAGCUGGAAAGCACACUAAGCGCGUUAUUGUUCGGACAUGA